CAGCCUGAGGAGAACAACACUGACCAGAACCAGCCAGAAGAAAUCCAGUCAGUGACCAUGCAGCUGAGACAAAUUGGGGACAGUGUCCAUCGCAGGAUGAUUCAAGAGGAAGCCGCGGAUGCGCUGGGUCCUUUUGUGGCGCUGAUGUUCGCGAGAGGUGAGGCGCUGCUGCGAUUUUUCUGGAACAACCAUUUGCUGUGAAGGACAGACAGACACAAGCCCUGCCCUCGGGCUGCUUCCCAAGGGGCAGGAGUCCUGCUGCGGUAUCAAGCCCUCUCCAGCUCCGUCCCCCACUGCUGAGGGUCUGCGUUUGUGAUGGUUUUGCCCAACUGCAGGUCUGUUGAUGUCCGGAGGGGACAGAUGGUGGGGGCAGCCUCCCGGACCUCCCGGGCCUCCCGCUGAAGCCGGAGAAGUCAGGAGCCUGGGAGGCCUGACCACACAGAGAACAUCACAAGUGACCUUCCCACAAACUUCUGGGGCCUCUCCCUGGGUCAUGCCCUCUGACCCUCUGACCCUGCAAUUGUCACCUGUAUCUAGAUCUUCAGGACCGACUCCCCCUGGUCCACCUGCCCCCCCCCCCCCACUCCGAUGUUCUGUGCAAAGCAGGAAGGAGUCGGGUCUCCAGUACUCAGAACUGAGUCCUGGCCCAGCCGCCCUCUCUUCCAUAGCAGACCCCAUCACCUGUUCCAGGUCUGUCUGCUCCGACCGGGCCAGGUCUCCUGCUUUCUCAGGUAUAUGGAGCCCCUCUUGGCUCUGAGGUUCCCUCAGGCCUUGCCUGCCCCCAUCCCUCAGCCCUGCCUCCCACAGACAUCUCUCCAGCCCCAUCCCCGUCCUGUUUGCCCAGCAAGCCCCCCUUCUAGGGAGCUGGGGCCGAGUUGGUUAGGGCUGAGGCUCCACCUUGCUGCUGUUUCUUGUUGCCCGUGGCUCGGCCUGUUGGAUUUGUUUUCCUCAUUCUUUUGUCUCUUUCAUCCUCUUUGGUUCUUUAGUCUG